ACAAUUUUCAAUCUCCUCUCGUUAUGUGCUGCCCGUAACUUUUCUCUCCUACAAAACUUUUUUCGCCGAAAAUGGGAAUCGACGGGAAGGGGAAGGAGAAGAAGAGCAGGAAGAGAACCUCCUCUCUGUCUUCAUCUGAAGAUGAAGGAAGAAGAAGGAAAAGACGGAGAAGUGAUGAUGAAAGGAGAAAUAGAAAGAGUGAUAAGAAAGAGAAGAGAAAGGACAAGAAGUCUCAUAGGCACCACUCUGAUAAAGAGAAGAAGUCUAAGGAUAAGCACAAAAGUAAACGACACAAAGGGGAUCACCACUCGAAAUCGGAGUUUCAAGAGCUGUCCAAUGACGACUACUUCUCCAAGAAUAAUGAGUUCGCUACAUGGCUAAAAGAGAAGAAGAAAAUGUUUUUCUCUGAUCUUUCGUCUGAGUCUGCACGAGAAUUGUUUUCAGUUUUUGUCAAAGACUGGAACUCUCAGAAGCUUGAGUCUCGAUAUUAUGAGGGCAUUUCAAGCGCACCUCGGAGUGCCCAUAACUGGGCAUUCAAAAACAAGUUGUUAAACCUGGCUAUGUGCUGCAGAAAACUCUCUACUUUCAAACCCAAGCCUCCACUAAUACCCCCCAUUUUUUCCCGCCGGUACACCUUAAACCCAAAAUCCAUCUCAAAAAUUUCCUUAGAAUGCCGAAUCAUAGAAGAAGAACCCACAAACAUGAACACAAACAGACAUUAUGGGACAUGUGUUUCCCUCUUAAACCACCCAAACCCCGAAAUCUCCUGUUUUUAUCAGAAGGGUUUCUCUCAAAUCACCAAAGAAGUUACUGGAAAAGCUUUACAUGCACUUUGCAUCAAGGGAUUAGUCAAUUUAACCGUGUUCUACAGUAACACUUUGAUUAAUAUGUACUCAAAGUUUGGCCAUAUAGGUUUUUCUCGUUACCUGUUCGAUAAAAUGUCUGAAAGAAAUGAUGCUUCUUGGAAUAAUAUGAUUUCGGGGUUUGUUCGUGCGGGUUCUUACAGGGAAUCGAUGCGGUUCUUUAAUGAAAUGAGGGAUUUUGGGGUUAAGCCAAGUGGGAUUGCUGUUGCUAGUUUGGUAACGGCCUGUGAGAGGUCAGAAUGGAUGCUUAUUGAAGGGGUUCAAGUUCAUGGCUUUAUUGUUAAAGUUUGUCUUCUGAGUGAUGUUUUUGUUGGCACUUCGCUUGUGCAUUUAUAUGGAAAUUAUGGAUUGGCUGCAGAUGCAAUGAAGGUCUUUCAGGAGAUGAUUUAUAAGAACGUAGUUUCUUGGACUGCAUUGAUGGUUGCUUAUGUAGACUAUGGAGAACCAAGCAUGGUAAUGAAUAUAUAUCGGCGAAUGAGGUCUGAAGGAAUGAGUUGCAAUGACAACACAAUGUCUUCUGUGAUUAGUUCUUGUGUGUCACUUGAAAAUGAAUUGUUGGGUUAUCAAGUUCUUGGACAUGUAAUAAAGUAUGGAUUAGAAACUAACGUUUCAGUUGCAAACUCUCUUAUAUCAAUGUUUGGUUAUUUUGGUAGCGUGGAAGAAGCUUGCUAUGUUUUUAGUGGCAUGGAUGAACAUGACACGAUAUCAUGGAACUCAAUGAUUGCGGCAUACAUACGUAAUGGUCUUUGUAAGGAAUCAUUAAGAUGUUUUUCUUGGAUGUUCCGUGUUCACAAGGAAAUAAAUUCUACUACACUUUCAACUAUGUUAGCAGGCUGUGGUUCUGUGGAUAACUUGAAGUGGGGCAGAGGAAUUCAUUCUUUGGUGUUGAAAUUUGGGUGGAACUCAAAUGUUUGUGCAUCCAAUACUCUAAUAACCAUGUACUCUGAUGCUGGAAGAUGUGAAGAUGCAGAAUUGGUAUUCCAAGGGAUGGUGGAGAAGGAUAUGAUUUCAUGGAAUUCCAUGAUGGCUUGUUAUGCUCAGGAUGGGAACUGCCUGGAUGCCCUGAAACUUCUUGCUACAAUGUUUUACAUGAGAAGAGGAUCGAAUUAUGUGACCUUUACAAGUGCAUUGGCUGCAUGUUCAGAUCCUGAAUUUGCCACUGAAGGCAAGAUUCUUCAUGCCCUUGUAAUUCAUUUUGGUCUUCAUGAAAAUGUGAUUGUUGGCAAUGCAUUGGUUACACUGUAUGCAAAGUCUGGUCUAAUGAUUGAAGCAAAAAAGGUAUUUCAAACAAUGCCUAAGCGAGAUGGAGUAACUUGGAAUGCUCUCAUUGGUGGUCAUGCGGACAGUGAAGAACCAGAUGAGGCAUUAAAAGCAUUCAAAUUGAUGAGAGAAGAAGGUGUACCUAUAAACUAUAUUACAAUUUCAAAUGUUCUUGGUGCUUGCUUGGCUCCUAAUGAUCUAUUGGAACACGGGAUGCCCAUCCAUGCUUUUAUAAUUCUGACAGGAUUUCAGUCUGAUGAAUAUGUACAGAAUUCACUUAUAACAAUGUAUGCUAAGUGUGGUGAUCUUAAUUCGAGCAACAACAUAUUUGACAGGUUAACUUCUAAGAAUGCUAGUGCAUGGAAUGCUAUGAUGGCAGCAAAUGCUCAUCAUGGUCAUAUGGAAGAGGCUCUGAAAUUCCUUCUGGAGAUGAGGCGUGCCGGAGUAAAUGUGGAUCAGUUUAGUUUUUCCGAAUGCCUUGCUGCUGCUGCCAAGCUGGCAAUAUUGGAGGAAGGCCAGCAGCUUCAUGGUUUGGCAGUCAAACUUGGUUGUGACUCAAAUCCUUUUGUUGCAAGUGCCACAAUGGAUAUGUAUGGAAAAUGUGGGGAAAUUGAUGAUGUGUUAAGAAUAAUUCCUCGACCAAUCGACCGGUCACGGUUAUCAUGGAAUAUAUUGACGUCAUCUUUUUCCAGACAUGGGUUUUUUGAAAAGGCUAAGGAAACUUUUCAUGAGAUGAUAAAUCUUGGAGUAAAACCAGAUCAUGUUACCUUUGUUGCUCUUCUUUCUGCCUGCAGUCAUGGGGGUAUGGUGGAGGAGGGUCUGGCGUACUAUGAUUCAAUGAUAAAAGAGUUUGGUAUUCCAGCAAAAAUUGGGCAUUGCGUAUGCAUUAUUGAUCUUCUUGGACGAUCAGGAAGGUUUGCCGAGGCUGAAACUUUCAUUAAGGAAAUGCCAGUUUCACCAACUGAUCAUGUUUGGCGGAGUUUAUUGGCAGCAUGUAAAACCCAUGGCAAUCUGGAGCUUGGAAGAAAAGCUGUAGAAAAUCUUUUGAAGUUGGACCCCUCGGAUGAUUCUGCUUAUGUUCUCUAUUCAAAUAUUUGUGCAACCACUGGGAAAUGGGAAGAUGUAGAGAAAAUCAGGAGGCAAAUGGGAUUAAAUAAAAUAAAGAAGAAACCUGCGUGCAGUUGGGUCAAAUUGAAGAACAAGUGGAGUUUAUUUGGAAUGGGAGACCAGUCCCAUCCACAGGCUAGUGAAAUAUAUGCAAAGUUGGAAGAACUUAAGAAGAUGAUUAAAGAAGCAGGCUAUGUCCCUGAUACAAGCUAUGCCUUGCAAGAUACAGAUGAAGAACAAAAGGAGCACAAUCUUUGGAACCAUAGCGAGCGACUCGCCUUGGCAUAUGGCUUGAUCAGUUCUCCUGAAGGUUCAACUCUUAAAAUUUUCAAGAACCUUCGUGUUUGUGGUGAUUGUCAUUCUGUAUAUAAGCUUGUUAGUGGAAUUCUUGGGCGGAAAAUCGUAUUACGAGACCCUUAUCGGUUUCAUCAGUUUAGUGGUGGCCAAUGUUCAUGUACUGACUAUUGGUAAUUGAGCUAUUAAUCUAUUAUUGGUAACUUAGGGUAUCGGAGUUGCAUUAAUCUAAUAUCAGGUAUGGAACAUAAUCGUCAUGCCUAGUUUCAUGAUCAUGGCAUGGGGAAACAAGAAUUGGUUCAUGUGUGCUUGUGUAGAAAGAGGAUUUGGAAUCAUCAGAAGCUGGUAAAUCCAGUUCUCUGUCAUCAAGCAGAGAUGACUUGCCUGCCUUCUGGAUUAGAGCCUUUUAGUGGAUCUAAAGGUCUGGACACCCAGAAUCAGACUAUAGCCUUGAGGCAAAGAACUUGAAAAUUGGAUCUAAGUAUUUUCCAUGCAUUAUUUUAUCGAUGUACAUCAAACGAUCCUUGUGUUGUAAUGUGUAUAUGAGCUCCCAAACCUGGGGGACUGAAAAGGAGAAGCAAAAUGCAAAUCUAUUUAUUUAAUAAA